AUGAACGAAAGUCUCGCCGAUCAACUGAAGAGGGUAAAACUGAAGAAAUCGGCCGAGCCUAUGAAAGACUUCUCGAAUCCGAAGACCAUGGGUUUCACCAGUGCCCAGGAAAUUCACGAUUACGAGGAUAAAGUGUUGGAUGUUAACACUGAGCGCUGGAUACAGCUCCUAAAUGACGUCACAUUCCCAACGGUCACGUGCUCCUUCACCCUCGACGACGCAAAACUCUUCAUCGACUGUUACAAAAGGAUAUUUGAUAAUAAAGACGCCGAAACAAGCAUGGCUACCGAUUGGCGAUCUGCACUGCUGUCUGCUGAAGAGGAACAUUUGGCCGAUCUCACAAAGAGGUUAGACUCUGCUAUGUCUGUUUUCACGAAAGAAGAUGGAUGUGCCUUCGUGAAGUUGUCCUCUAGGAGUGCCAAAGAUGCACCAAUGUUACAGUCACGUCUGAAAGCUAUGUAUAAAGAAAUUUUGCACAAAUUUCAGGAAAACGAACAAAAACAAGAAAAUACUAAGAUAAUAUGUUUGCUUCAAGCAGCAUUUGAUGCGAUGAGAGUCACGUGUGCCACUGACGUCAUUGAUAUGUUUGUUAGAAGUGAGAGAGUGUACCAAGACUUACUUCUAGCGGCUGUUAACAGACCUGAGGUUUAUGAUGAAAAUUUUGUCAUAAGGAAGUUUGUACCUAUCGACGUAGAUAUGGAGUUCAGAGGGUUUGUCUAUCGGGGACAAUUGAACGCUCUAUCACAGUACAACUACAUGAUAUAUUCGGAACGCCUGGUAGCAAAGAAGGAUGCCAUUGCUAAAAGAAUUAGAGAAUUCUUCACCACAUAUGUACAGACGAAACUUUCGUCAGCAAGUUUUCCACAAGAAUUUAUCAUCGACUUCGCUGUCUGUAAUGUUGAAGACGACGAAGAUCACUGGAAACUCUGGGUAAUUGAACUAAAUCCGUUCCUGUCGUCAACCGAUGGUGCCAUGUUCAGUUGGGAGCACGAGCGACACCUUCUCACAGGAGAUGACGGAUUCCACUUCCGGGUGGUAAAGAGAACAAAGCCAGGAUCCCUGACAAUGUUACCAACCAGUGUGAGGGCGAUUUUAAAAGACGAUUAAGGUAGAGGAAGAGAUAUCGGGAAAAGGUGACAUUUAUCUCACAUUAACAAGAGACAACGAGUGCAAGGAACAACAUCUUGUUUUAGAGAUU